AUGAUGCUCCAGUGGAUCCCUUCUCACUGUGGAGUUUGGGGUAAUGAACAAGCUGAUAAAUUAGCAAAGCGUGGUGCUGAACAACAACAGGAAGAAAAUCCUGUCUGCUACACAGAGAUGAAAACUACCAUCAAAUCUCUGUUCACCACCCCUCAGCAACAAGACAGUUACCACGAGCUAACAAGAUCUGACCAAACUACCAUCUUCCGACUGAGGACAGGACACAACAGACACAAUCAACAUCUAUACAAAGUCAUGAAAGUUGUUCCAUCUCCAAGGUGUCCUUGUGGAGAAGCAGAACAGGAUACUGCACACCUCUUACAGUCAUGCAAGAUCCAUCUGGCACUGAGAGAUAAGAUAUGGCAUUCACCAACACCACUCAAAGAUAAGCUAUAUGGACCAGCGGAUGCCCUACAGAAGACCACCUGA